CGGUUCCGUGGCUCAGACGGCGCAGGGCAGCGAGAGGCGGAGCCCCCAUGGACAGCCAGGGCCGCAGGGUGGUGGUGUGCGACAAUGGCACGGGGUUCGUUAAGUGCGGCUUUGCCGGCUCCAACUUCCCUGAGCACAUCUUCCCCGCACUGGUCGGGCGCCCCAUCAUCCGCUCCACCGCCCGCGUGGGCAACAUCGAGAUCAAGGACCUGAUGGUAGGGGAUGAGGCCAGCGAGCUGCGCUCCAUGCUGGAGGUGAACUACCCCAUGGAGAACGGCAUCGUGCGCAACUGGGACGACAUGAAGUACCUGUGGGACUACACCUUCGGGCCCGAGAAACUCAACGUCGACCCCCGCAGCUGCAAGAUCCUGCUCACCGAGCCCCCCAUGAACCCCACCAAGAACCGUGAGAAGAUCAUCGAGGUGAUGUUCGAGACGUACCAGUUCGAAGGCGUGUAUAUCGCCAUCCAGGCCGUGCUGACUCUCUACGCCCAGGGCCUGCUGACUGGGGUGGUGGUGGACUCUGGGGACGGUGUGACCCACAUCUGCCCUGUCUAUGAGGGCUUCUCCCUGCCCCACCUCACCCGGCGGUUGGACAUUGCGGGACGGGACAUCACCCGCUACCUCAUCAAGCUCCUGUUGCUGCGGGGUUAUGCCUUUAACCACUCUGCGGAUUUUGAGACGGUGCGGAUGAUGAAGGAGAAGCUCUGCUACGUGGGGUACAACAUUGAGCAGGAGCAGAAGCUGGCUCAGGAGACCACAGUGCUGGUGGAGUCCUACAUGCUGCCCGAUGGGCGUGUGAUCAAGGUGGGGGGUGAGCGGUUUGAGGCACCCGAGGCCCUAUUCCAGCCCCACCUCAUCAAUGUGGAGGGUGUGGGUGUGGCUGAGCUGCUCUUCAACACCAUCCAGGCGGCUGAUAUCGACACCAGGUCAGAGUUCUACAAGCACAUUGUACUGUCAGGCGGCUCCACCAUGUACCCGGGCCUGCCCUCCCGGCUGGAGCGUGAGAUCAAACAGCUCUACCUGGAGCGGGUGCUCAAGGGCGACGUGGAGAAGCUGUCGAAAUUCAAAAUCCGGAUCGAGGACCCACCGCGGCGGAAGCACAUGGUGUUCCUGGGGGGCGCCGUGUUGGCCGACAUCAUGAAGGACAAGGAUACCUUCUGGCUGCAGCGAGCCGAGUACCUGGAAAAGGGGACCCGCAUCCUGGAGAAGCUGGGGGUCACUGUGCGAUAGGGACGCCCCC